ACGCUUUGUGCGCAGAAACAAAAUACCUAGCUUUUAUUUUUAAACUUGUCGAUAAAUAAAUGUGUCCUCUCAAUUUCAUGCCCCAAUUGUAAUCAGGAAACAGAAGCGAACAUUUGAAGUAAGUGCAAUGCGAGUAUACGAUGUGUGAUGGUGGAAGCAAGAGCGGCCAAGUGCGGCGAGCCAGUCGGACAAUGGUGAGCGCGACGCUGCUGGCGCUCCUGGUGCUUGCGGCGGCUGCUGAAGCUUGUUAUCUGUUUCCUAGUGACGUACCAGAUCCGUGUCGUGGAGUGACUUGCAGGCCGGGAGCGCUGUGCCGGCCCACGCCCGAUGGCCGCGCACACAACUGCGAGUGUCCCACGUCCUGCCCCAGCUACGGCGACCACGAGGGCUCGCGACCGCUCUGCGCAAGCGACGCUCGCGACUACCCCGGCGAUUGUGAGAUGCGAAGAGCAGCUUGCGAAUCAAAUACGAAUAUAACUUUCAAGUAUUAUGGUAAAUGUGAUCCUUGCUCUGGAGUAACCUGCCCAGAUCCCGAAGUGUGUCAGUUGGACGAUCGUCGUUCCCCAUCCUGCCGCUGCGCUGAGCCGUGUCCCCUCGAGUUUUCUCCCGUCUGCGCCUCCGACGGCAAGACCUACUCCAACGAGUGUCAGAUGCAUCGGGAGUCCUGUAGAGCACGGAAGCAGUUGAAGAUUAUUUUUAAAGGACAGUGUAGUUCGGGAGUUAACCCUUGCGCUGAGGUGGAGUGCCGCCACGGUGCGGAGUGUCGAGUGGAGGGCGGCGGUGCCGUGUGUGCCUGUCCUCCUCCCUGCGAGCCGGUGCUACGUCCCGUUUGCGGCUCAGAUUCCCGUACCCACGAUAGCGAGUGCGAAUUGAGACGAGCCGCCUGUUUGGUAGGAAGAGAGCUGAGGGUGUUGCACGCAGGAGCUUGUGGUUCCAACGGCGUAUGCGCGGACCGCGUGUGUCCUCACGGCGGCGAGUGCGUGGCGACGGGCGGGCGCGGCGUGUGUCGUUGUCCUCGCUGCUCCAACGAGUUCGCGCCCGUGUGCGGCUCGGACGGCAUCUCGUACGGGAAUAGGUGCAAGCUACAGCUGGAGGCUUGUCGGCAUCGCCGUGACGUGCAGGUCCUGUACGACGGACCUUGCAACGGUUGUGAGAACAAGAAGUGCGAAUUCUACGCCGUUUGCGAGAGCGACGGUGUCUCUGAAGCCAGCUGCGUUUGCCCCAAGCAUUGUGAAGAGGGAACUGAAACAGAAGAAGUCUGUGGUACAGAUAAUAAAACGUACAGCAGCGUGUGCGCCCUGCGUGACACGGCUUGUAAGGAGAAGAGGCGACUUCAUAUCAAGCAUAUGGGGUCGUGCGAAUCGUGUGCGGAUAUCGCGUGUCCGGCGGGCACGUGGUGUGCACGCGGCGCGUGCGGCUGCCAGGCGGCCUGCGCCGAGGCGCCGCGCGAGCCCGUCUGUGCAGACAACCGACGCACAUACCCUCACCAUUGUGCACUACGACGUAGUGCUUGUGAAGCUAAGGCACGCGGGGAACCGCCGCCUAGAGUCGCGUAUUACGGAGAGUGCACUGAGACGGAUGAGAAUAAUACUGCAGAUGGCAACAGAUCAGCGAAAUAUACUGACAUAAGCAAUGAGAUUCGCGCUGGCGAUGAAAAUGAGAACUCAAGCGAAGCCGUGACGGGCACGGCUGUGUGUGCUCGCGUGCAGUGUGCGUACGAAGCUACGUGCGCUGUUGAUUCCAACGGACAACCCAGGUGUGCCUGCCUGUUCGAUUGCGCGGCGGCGGCUGCAGCAGCCACAUCAUCAGCGCCGGUUUGCGCGUCAGACUUGAGGCUGUACCCAACGUUAUGCCACAUGAAGCUCGAGGCCUGCCGGAGACAGGAGGACUUGCGACUCAGACCUCUUGCUCUUUGCCGAGGGUUAGAGUUCCGUCCAUGUGGCGACGACGAGCCACUAACGGACGCUGAAGGGAGGCCUAUCGACUGCGGGGGUGGCCCGCGCAGGAAGGACUGUCCUGUUGGCAGCUACUGUCAUCACACUGCCAAGGCUGCACGCUGCUGUAGAAAAGAUAAAGCAGUAGUCGAGAAGAAAGGCUGCCAGGAGUCAUGGCACGGGUGCUGCGCCGACGGCGUGACUCCGGCGCGAGGGCCGGGCGGCGCCGGGUGUCCGGCCGUAUGCGGCUGUCACCGGCUCGGCUCAGUUAACGAGCAGUGUGAUGAAGAAGGCCAGUGUGCAUGCCGGCCCGGCGUCGGCGGCCUCAAGUGCGACCGCUGUGAGCCCGGGUACUGGGGACUGCCAAGGAUCGGCACUGGGCAUACGGGAUGCAUACCUUGUGGGUGUUCGGCAUUCGGCUCAGUACGGGAGGAUUGUGAGCAGAUGACAGGCCGUUGUGUGUGUAAGCCAGGCAUACAAGGGCAAAAGUGCACUGUUUGCUCCAAUCAUGAACAUACUCUGGGCCCUAAUGGAUGUUUCGACCCGGAAUCAACACAAUUGCCAGCUACCAAUUGCGACCACAUGACUUGCUACUUCGGUGCGCACUGCACAGUCCGCAGCGGGCUCGCGACUUGCGAGUGCGGGACAUCUGAGUGUCCACCAGCCGACGGGCCAUCCGUGUGUGGCAGCGACGGCCGAACCUACCUGUCAGCCUGUCAUCUGCGCACGCACUCCUGCCGGACACAGACCGACGUCGUAGUUCAGGCCUUUGGACCCUGCAGCGAGGAAACACCACACGUGCGCCGAGAAAAAGUCUACACUCAAUCUAGUAGUGUCGUAGAGAGUAACGCCGAAGGGAAUUGUGGUAAAUCUAGCAAAGAUAAAGAGAAAGGUCAAACUUUAAUUGACGAUGUUGAAGAAUUUGAUUCUAAUGAAGUAGAAGAUUAUUCAAUGUACGAAGAGGUUAUAGAGGAGAAUAACCAUGAUAUGUACGAAGUGCCUCUGUUCGAUGGUCUAGCGAGAAUGACGGCUCGCGCGAGGUUCCCCGCUAAACGCUUCGAUAUAUGGGCCGAGGUGUCUGCUGUUUGCGGUAAGGGCGCAUUAGUGAGUGCUUCCGGUACGAGGGACCAUUUGUGGCUUGGAUUUGUGGAGGAUAGAGCUGUAUUACGGUGGGACGCCGGUAGUGGGCCGUAUGAGUUGCAUACUGGGAAGGUUAAAAUAGAUGGGAAAUCCAAGGUAUCUGCAAGGAGAUAUAAAAAGGAUGCAGUGUUGAAGCUUGGGUCGUCAGUGGCGAGAGGUUCGUCUCAGGGACGAAUGAGUUCCUUAGAUGUCGAUCCAUUUAUCUACAUCGGUCAUCCUCCGGAUAACGUUACAAAAUUGUCAGGUGCGUCAGGUAUCCCCGGCUUCGUGGGUUGCAUCCACCGGCUGCGCGUGAGUGGCCGAGACUUGAUCCCUCCGGCACGAGGGCUCACUAUCACAUCGUCUGGGUUGCGAUCCUGCACCCCGCACAAUUUGGCCCGGCUUGUGUGCCCUUAACGAUUAAUCAUAUUAAUUUGAUGAUUUGUGAUUAAUCACAUUAUUAUUUGUGCCAUUAAAUGUUGUUAUAACUUUUGCUCAUUGUCAAUACUUGAUGAUGUUAUUGUUUUUGUUGAAAUAAUUUAUAUAAUUGUAAUUCACUCUAAGUUCUUGAUCACAAGAACACUGUUACUAGUAGUUUAAAUAAAUAAUCAAUAACAGUUAAAUUUAACAGAUUUUAAUGUAGAUAUUGCAGUAAUUAUACUUAUAAUUCUUGGAACUAUUGUACUGAAACUACUAUCUAAUACUAUGGCUAUACCUUGCAAUGUGAUAUUCGUGGAACUGUGACUUCAUACGGUUUCUAAUACUGUAACAUAUUGUUAUCUUUAACAUAUCUAAUUCUAUGCAUUUUAUAAUAAAUUAUCUCCUUUUAUAUAAUACAGUUAUUUGAAAUA